AUGAUAUCUCCUCUUCGCAAUUCCAGGCAUCAUCCACUGUCCUUGAUAACCGGCAUGGAUAAGUGGGCAACCAAUUUAAGCACAUAUGUGAAAGAUAGCUAUCAUUCUAAGGAUGAGUUUGUAUUGAUCUCGACCAUUAAAGCUGAAAGGCAUAACGGCAGAGACAAGUUCAGUUACGAGAAAACGGUCAUCGAAAAGCAUACUUAA